AUGGCAUUCAAGACUCGUGAAGGGUUAUAUGAGUGGCGUGUCAUGCCAUUUGGGUUGUGUAAUGCACCAGCCACGUUCAUGCGCUUGAUGAACGAAAUUCUAAAACCCUUCCUCAACAAGUGCUGUGUUGCUUAUUUUGAUGACGUUAUACGACUUUUCUUAAAUAUGGAAAAGUGUGAGUUUGCUAUGGAAGUUGUAUCUUUCCUCGGCUUCAAAAUAUCUGCCACUGGUGUAAGUGCGGAUCCCAGAAAGGCCAGUUUUGAAGCCAUUAAAAAUGCGUUAUCAUCGGCACCAGUCCUUGCCUUGCCGGACUUUGAUAAACCGUUUUCAGUCGAAACCGAUGCCUCUACUGUAGGAAUUGGAGCUGUUCUAGUACAAGAAGGCCGACCAGUCGAGUUCUUCAGCGAAAAACUAUGUCCGUCCCGGCAAAGGUGGUCAGUAUAUGAGCAGGAAUUGUAUGCAGUGGUGCGAGCUUUGAAACAAUGGGAGCAUUACCUAUUGCAUCAGGAUUUUAUCCUCUGUAGUGAUCACAAGGCGCUGCAGUACAUGAAUACACAGAAAAGUAUAAACCGGAUGCACGCGAGGUGGGUUCUGUUCUUACAGAAAUUCACUUUUGUUUUGAAACAUAAAAGUGGGGCUCAAAACCGGGUUGCUGAUGCCUUGAGUAGAAGAUUUGCACUCAUUACUCAAUUGCAAACCAAUUUUGCUGGGCUGGAAUGCUUGCAGGAGCUUUAUGAGGGGGAUCAGGACUUUGCAAAGGCUUGGAUUAAAUGCCUUAAUAAGGAGCCUCUGGAAGAUUAUAAUGUUAGGCACGGUUUUUUAUUCAAAGCAAGGUUAUUCUUCAAGGAGAUCGUGAGAUUGCAUGGGAUGCCAAGGAGCCUGACAUCUGAUCGAGAUGUGAAAUUCCUCAGCCACUUUUGGCGUGAGCUAUGGAAGAGAUUCAAAACACGCCUGCAAUUGAGCUCUUCGUAUCACCCCCAAACUGACGGACAAACAAAAGUGGUGAACCGAACUUUGGGAAAUUUACUGCGGUGCCUAGUUCAGGAGCAGCCGAAGUCAUGGGAUGAUGUGCUCGGUCAAGCGGAGUUCGCUUUUAAUUCAAUGCCCAAUCGAUCUACGGGUAAGUGCCCAUUUAGUAUUGUAUAUACAAAAAUGCCAAACCAUGUUCUUGAUGUCGCAGUUAUACCCAACUGUAAGAGCAAAGCGGCGUCGACCUGGGUAGAUCAAUUCUCGGAUAUGCUAGAGAAGGUUCGGCUCAAACUACAAGAAUCUAAUGAAAAAUACAAGCAAGAUGCGGAUCAACACAGGAGGAAGAAAGUAUUUCAGCCUGGCGACGUAGUGUGGGUUCGGAUGCAGAAGGAACGAAUGCCGGCGGGAACUUGCAACAAACUCAAUCGAAAGAAGUUUGGUCCCUUUUCAGUGAAGCACCAAAUUAACGAUAACGCUUAUGUUAUCGACUUACCCGCUGAGUUUAACACUUCAAACACCUUCAACAUUGUGGACCUGUACCCUUACUUUCCACCAGACGAGGUUCACGACGUCGGGGAUCAGCUGGGGAAAGACACUUUUGCAGAAGGGGCGUAUGAUGCGGAGCAUCUUUAG